CAUGAGUAACACAGACACUUUUCGUGUUGAAUAAUGUCAUCGCAGAUGAGUCCAUCAGAUACACGAGGCCUAUCGUCAAAAUCAAAAUGGCCGCCAAGAAGCAAGGCGAUGGGAAGAGCCACGUUGUUGGGCAUGUUUUUAAGGAUUAUGCUCAGAGAGCUACAGUGCAUGGAAUCCCGCAAACUGUUGGAGCUACUAAGUACUGCGGGCAAAGGUUCAUUUGGUUGGUUCUGCUUCUGGGCCUGGCCAUAUCUCUGAGUAUUGUCGUCAGUGUGCAAAUGACAGACUACUACAGGUAUCCCACUGUCAUCAACAUGGCGGAACAUCCGUUCGAGGAGGCGGACUUCCCUGCCGUUACAUUUUGCGACCCUCCUCCACUCAGUCCAUUUUCCUUCUUAGACAACGACGACGACGACGACAACGACGCCGUCACGGUCUUCAACCUCUUGCGAACGGGACCACUUGCGGCACAUGGAUGUCUGCACAUGCGUGGUUCAGAUGAAGCGCAAAAGGGCCAAUGUUUGCUAACUCACAGCCAGGACAACGUGCGGAUGAAGCUGAUAAAAUGUGGUUGGAACAAGCUGCAGUCCAAAGGAGUAUGCGAUGAGCUUAUCUUCCCCACCACAACCACUGAAGGAUCGUGUUUAACCUUAAAUUCGUCGCGAAACGGUUCCAGCAGCGUCGGACAGGCCUUGACGUUUCAUGUAAUCAUCGAACUUACCAGUACUGUUUCCAGCAUUGGCCAGAGGGAUGGCAUUCAGAUUGCCCUUCAUCCAAACAACGAAUAUCCCUUCCCUGACGUCAAGGAGGCACACUUUAUUCCAGCGAACUCCAGUUGCAUCGUGAAGUUUGAAAAAACUACGAGACACUCCCUGGGACCGCCGUAUAAGGACAUGCUUGGGGGCAGGUGCUUGCCUGACCAGCAGGCUGACCAGUGGUCCAUGUACCGGUACCCGCACUACAGCCAGAAGGCGUGCCAGCGAGAGUGUCUCGUCAACUACACGUCGGCCCAGUGUGGCUGCAGAUUCUACUUGGAUAGAGGAUGCGAGGAUCUGUGCUCAGCUAGUCAGACAUCGCACUGCUUGGAAAACAGCGGACAGGAUUUCUAUGGUAACGAGAGCUCUCGGUGUGACUGUCCGUCACGGUGUACACGUGUGGAGUACGAGACAUAUGUAUCGUGUGCCCCACUAACUUCAAUCCACGCCUCUGCUCCCAUGGUGCAUCUGACCUUCCUACAGUCGGGCCCGCUGAAGCUGGAGAUCGAGCAGAUACCUGUAUACUCUGUGGAGACCAUACUGGCAAACAUCGGAGGCCAGAUCGGGCUGUUCAUGGGCUUUAGCAUCGUCUCCAUGGUAGAGAUCCUGGAGGUCGUCAUCAUCAUGGUGAUGACCUUGAUCACGCCCAAGGUCACACAAAAGGGAGGAAAGGAAGACGGAGAAGAGGAAAUCUUAGGGGAUGAAGAGAAGCCCGAAGCACAUCCUGAAUAUGAUGACCACAAAGUAUGAAUAGCACGUGGGUGAUAAACAUAUGCUACAGUUGUCAUGAUGACGGUCAAAUCAAGACUGUAUACCUGUAAGAGGCUGUCAAGGAAAGAACGAUGAACGACAUCUACACACAUGAAUGUGUAUUCAUACGUCACUUAGACAUAUAUAAUCAGAGAGAAAUAUCUGUAGUUGACAAAACAGUAUUUGCAACUGUUGCCAUUGCCCUCAAUGCAGCUCAUUUGCUUGAUAAAGCAAGGAAAACGAUGGUUAUAUAUUCGUUUUAUGAACUAACUCUUUUAUUAUUCGCUAUUUACCUUUGUAAUAAUUAACCUUGUGGGACAGGUCACGUGAUGAAAGUAUCCCUGGGUGCAUUAUAAGCAUGUUAAAAACUGUCUUCAUUCCUGUUAGCUAGUGUAUGAUUGUAGGUUCGAAUCCCGGUUCGCCCCAAUUAUGUUUCUUGGUUUGUCAGCACCAUUCCUGUGCUCGUGGGUUUCACCGAAGUGGUAAACGUCUGAGACCUGCAUCAUUUCGGGCUUUCCUCCCACAUUAAGCUGACACGCCGUGAUAUAACUGGAAUACUGUUAAAAGCGGCGUUAAACCCAACUCACUCACUCACUAUUAGCUAGUGAGGGAUGUAAGCGUUACUCGUUAAGUCUACUGCAACAGUCUUCGAGUAUGGACUUCAUCCUUAAAACAGAUGGGGCAGGUUUUACAUUUUCAACCAAAUCGAAGAGGAGUGUUUUAACCAUCUUAUAAACCGUCUGAAUGCAAGAAAUACCAGAAAGAAUAAGAACACAUCGGGAUACCUUCUUGUGUAACAAUACAGUAGUCGUGGUAUAAUACGAAUUUAAUGACAGCGGGCGAGAGAAAACCACGUGCAGCAUGCAGACAAUUGAAGUCAUGACGUGUAUUAGAUUGAACACCCUUUUAUCACCCGCCCCGGUGGUUUUGUGGGGAAACAUUGCGUUGCAAUACUAAACAUAAUAUGUUAGGUUGCAGGAUUCAUUUCAAGGAAUUUUCAUGCCGAAACAAUUAUCAACCGUAGAUGCAUAUUAAAAGGUGGUUUCUACAAUUUAAAUGUAAAACCUAGGUCUUACGAUUCAACUGUAAAACCUAGGUCUUACAAUUCAACUGUAAAAGCUAGGUCUUACAUUUCAACUGUAAAACCUAGGUCUUACAAUUCAACUGUAAAACCUAGGUCUUCCAAUUCAACUGUAAAAUCUAGGUCUUACAUUUCAACUGUAAAACCUCACGGUCUACACUUGAAAAGUAGUACCUCUCAUAAGAUUACUAGAGAUAGCAAGAUACCUACAAUACUGCAGGCGAAAGUGGCUGUAGGCUUAUGAAUCGAUUACCCUUAAACAAAGGUGGGUGUAUGUGGCGACACAAACUAUCGUUAAUCAGUCGCAUUCUUAUUACCGUCUUCAAUGAUGGAACUCUUAUGCAAUAUCCUUUGAACGAUUUACUGCACAUGUAUGAAUACUUUUUAUUUAGUUCUCCAAUGCAGUAUUACUGUAUAGUUGCAAUGGAGAUUGUAUCAAUAAUACGCCCUAUGAUAUAAAACAUUGUAUGAAACCCUUCA